AUGGAUAUUGAAGAAGACUUGAAGAUUAUCGCCGAUAUGUCUAUUCUUGAAGAAGAUGAUCCCAGCAUGCCAGCGUUGACUCUUCGAGCUUUGCUCAUCGGUCUGUUGCUUGCUGCUUUCAGUUCUUCUGUCAAUCAGCUUUAUAUUUUCAAGCCUAUCAACAUGACUAUCUACCCUGCUUUCUUGGUCUUGCUCGCUUGGUUCUUCGGUUUGACAUGGGCUAGAUUCAUGCCUCAAAAGCCUCAUUGGCUCAAUCCUGGUCCAUGGAACGUAAAGGAGCAUGUCAUCGCUACCGUGACUGCAACCUCCGCCAAUGCUUCUGCUUAUGCUACAUGGAUUCUUUCUGCCCAACAGCUGUUUUAUGUCCAACAACCUUCCGUUGCUGGUGGUCUCUUCCUUGUCUUGGCCACUCAACUUGUAGGAUAUGGUAUCGCUGGUCUGUACCGUAAUUUCUUGGUGUAUCCUGCAGCUAUGAUCUGGCCCAACAAGUUGCCCAUUGUCUCGCUGUUGAAGACAUCCUGGAACGAGUCUCCUGAACAAGGAUACAAGCAGCUCCGUUGGUUCUUCAUUGUCUUUGGCAUUGUUUUCAUUUAUGAAUUCAUUCCUCAGUACAUGUUCCCUCUUCUUGGUGGAUUCAGUAUCUUCUGUAUUGCCAAGCAAGACUCUGUUCUUUUUCAACGACUCUUUGGUGGUACCAGUGUCAACGAAGGUUUAGGUCUUUUCUCCUUCUCUUUCGAUUGGCAAUACCUUUACAAUGCUGGUGCCCUUUACACUCCUUUCUGGGCUCAAGUAAACUGGUAUGUUGGCAUGGGUCUCUCGAUGAUCUUGAUUCCCGUCAUGUACUAUGCCAACGUUUGGAACGCUCAAGCCUAUCCUUUCCUGUCUUUGAGUUUGUAUACCAUCAACCAAACGGAUGGUAGCACUAUCCAUUAUCCUCAGGCUUCCGUUUUGAACGCUGAUAACAGUUUGAACGAAACACUGUACGCUGAAGUGGGUCCUCCUCAGUUCGCCACAUCAUUCGCCGCUUCCUACAUUUUCCUUAACAUCGGUGUCAGUGCUUCCAUCACCCACGUUGCUCUCUUCUAUGGCAAGGACAUCUGGAGACAAUUCCGUGGUGCAAGAAAACAGAAUCUCGCCGAAGAUAUCCAUAUGAGACUCAUGUCCGUUUACAAGGAAGUGCCUGCUUGGUGGUACUAUAUCGUCUUCGUUGGCGGCAUUGCCUUGAACAUUGGCCUCGCCUACGCUAAUCAAUCUCUCCUUCCAUGGUGGGGUGUGUUGUUUGCUAUUCUCAUGUCUACUCUUCUCACCUUGCCAUUGGGUGUCAUCACUGCUAUUUCCGGAAAUGGUUUUGGUCUUAAUGUCGUCGCUGAAAUGCUUUGCGGUUUUGUUCUUCCCGGAAAGCCUAUUGCCAACAUGUACUUCAAGACUCUUGGAUUCAACACCAUGUGGCAAGCUACCGAAAUGCUUUCUGACUUGAAAGUUGGUCACUACUUGAAGGUUGCUCCCCGUGCUAUCUUCACCGCUCAGAUGCUCGGUACUGUUCUUGGAUCCGUCAUGAACUAUGUCGUUAACAAAGUUAUUACCACCAGCCAAGCUGCUAUCUUGCUCACUCCUGACGGUAACAACAUCUGGAACGGUGCAACUCCACAAACCAUUAACUCUGCUGCCAUUACCUGGGGUGCUGUUGGUCCUUAUAGAAUGUAUGGCCCUGACUCCCAAUACUACAUUGUCUUGUGGGGAUUUGUCAUUGGAUUUUUCGUUCCCAUCCCCGGUUACCUCUUGCACUGGAAGUGGCCUAAGGUCGGCUUCAACUAUAUCAAUACUCCUUUGAUUAUGGUUGGUCUCUGUAUGUUCCCCGGUUCCACUUCUUCGUGGCUCUUCUUUGGUUUCCUUCUUUCCGUUUGGUCCCAAUUCUAUCUCAAGCGUUACAAGCGUGAUUGGUUCGUUAAGCACAACUAUCUCUUGUCCGCUGCUUUGGAUGGUGCCACUUCAGUUAUGGGAUUCUUGCUUGCCUUUAUCGUCUUCGGCGGUGGUAACGGUAAUGUUUACAACUUCCCACUGUGGUGGGGUAAUGACUACGAAGGAUUCACAGACAGAUGCUGCGCAUACUGUGAAUAA